CGUCACUGUCAUGAAAUCCAAAUGUUGUUUUGAGAAAAAGUUUCACAAUCGUGCACCAAAGUAAAGCCUGCAUUCUCCUCUGCAAGAUUGAGUUUCCACAGAUUGGCGAGAUGACUUGCACUGGAUUUCCCUUUGCAGCUUCCCAAAUAAAAAGCGGAACUUAUUCCUCUUUUUCUACUAUACCACUUUCCGAUUUGAUUGACCAAAAGCAUUUCAGCAUAGCUUCCCACUUCGUAGCUUUCAAAACGAAAAAUGUCGUCGUGGCCUUGUCUGAUGCGGCGGGUGGUGUACGUUUUCCUCCUCGUCUAUCCUGCAGAAAAGUGUACCAGCGCAGAUGCAUCUCUAGCCACGCGUCUGAGCUACCGAUGGAAGCUCACAAAAGCAUUGUAUGCAGCGUAGUCUUUGCAUCCAAGCUCGCUUUUCUCUGUUAUCAAGUGGCAGCGCGCGCACGAUGAUGCAGAUGUUUUCUGUGCGGGUUGAAACACCUUUUUUUCUGCGCCAUAAGCUCGUCGAAGCCGGAGCUAGCUUCGUCCCCAUCGUAGGCAUCUUGUCCCAGCCGAGCGCUUUCCAGCCGAACCCCAAACACAAUGCGACGUUGCAAAAUUCGUACAUUGCUGCGAGUUACGUCAAGUGGAUCGAGGCCAGCGGGGCGCGGACGGUGCCGAUCCUGUUCAACUGGAACUGGGAUGUGAAGCUAAAACCGACCUUGGAGCAGCUCAACGGUCUGGUGUUUGCGGGCGGCGGUGCGGGCAUCGAUCCCAGCAAAGACGAGUUCGGGAAAGUCUCCUUUAAAAUCUUCCAGUUCGCGAUCCAAAUGCGGCUUCCGAUUUGGGGCACUUGCUUGGGCUUCGAACAGCUACUCACGUACAGCAGCCUGGUCGGGACCGGGAGCAUAAAUAGCGGGUAUGCAGCGAAGCUGCCCCUCAUCACCGUGGACGCCGAGCGGCUUUAUUUGCCGUUGGAGCUGGUGGGACGACUAGCGAGGGAUCGACAGAUAAAAUCCACAUUAGCCGCGAAGGUACGCAGCACUUUGGCUGAACAGCAAGACCAGAUUCAAGCCGGGGACGGCAGUGGCAUCUGGAAUUUUCUAUCGAACGAAACGCGGCAAACCCUCACCAAUUCCACGCUCAACGUGACCAUCAACAUGCACCACUUCGGCGUUGCGGCGAAUGAAACCCGGGUAAACAACUUCUGGAAGGUGAUCGCCCUCGGGCACGACCGCAAGAAUAUAGGGUUCAUCGCGUUGGCAGAAGCGCGGCAGUACCCCAUGAUUGCGGCCCAGUUCCACCCGGAGAAAAACACCUUCGAAUACCGCGAAGAUUUUGACGAUAGCGACUUCCCGUUGCAGAAGCCCAUCCACUCGUUCCCGGCCUUGAAGGCCAUGCGCGAGCUCGGCGACUACUUUGUGCAGAAAAUCUUGAUUGAAAACAGCAAGACAAACGGCGGGAGGGGUACGGUGAAGAUGCCGGCGAAGGUGUUUAACGACGAGCUGGGCUUCUUUCGCUUUCCGGGGACGCCGGUGCCCGUCAACACGCCCAGCCACGGAAUCAUGGAGUCGUACUACUUCGGAACGAAUGGAACGAACAUUGUUGCCAUCGUGAACAAAAUGGAAGGUGAGGCGUUGCGCGUGUUUUCUUCUGACGCUGCAGUAGUUUUGUCGGAAGAUGAUCAUGUUGAGGACAGUGGCAGGCAAAGCACAGGCAAAACCGAGCAAAGCAAAAGCUCUUCGAGCAAAGCGAAGGGAAAGCCUUCCGCGACGCUGCUGGGAUCUAGGAUUGAUUGGGGCGAACGUGGUAGCUCCGGCAGAGUAGUGGAAGAGGCAGAAGAUCUCGUCUGGCAGUAAGGUUUUUCGAAGCACGUAGCGUCAGGAAGUCUAGUGCCUUUUGAGAAUUUAGAUUUUGCGGGUACGACUAUCGCCGGGCGGUCGAGUGAAUCAAGGAUGGCAAACGCAGCAAAGGACGGCCUUCUACCCCUCCUGCGCUACCAAAAUUACAAAUUUGCGCCCGUUUCGGAUCGCCGCGGGAGAUUUUCGCCGUUGGCGAUUUAGACUCGUGUAAGCUGAUCAAGAUAGGAUUUAGAUUUAGAUUCGACAAACCGCCGCGUCAUCUUUCAGUUUCGAGUGCAAGUCCGUGUACAGGGCUAGCAAGGUUUCAUAUUUUGGCGUUUUGAGCCACAGAGAAAAACAUAGAAUGAACAGAGGAACUCUACUUAUCACAUGAGCAACGCCCAGGGAGCAGAGAAACG